UGACGGUGGUAAGCUUGCACAACCGCGCACAUAUUUACUGGCUGCGCGGGCGCAUCCUGCACAGUCACACAGCACACCAAUCACACGCCAACAUGUAUCACAAAGCUCUCGCCUUGGUCAUCGUCCUUGCCAGCCACAUGUGCUUGGCCACACCCGUGCCUGAUCCGGACCCACUCGGCUACGGUCACAGAACGCACGUGAGAAUCCACGUGCCGUAUGAUGUUCAUACUGUACACCACCACCAUAUCGAAAAGGUGCCUGUGAUCAAACCAGUUCCGAUCAUCAAGGAGAUACCAAUCAUCAAGGAGGUGCCAAUCGUCAAAACUCUGCCAGUGGUACACACCGUGCCGGUACCAGUGUUGAACACUGUACAUGUUGAGAAGCCAGUCUUCGUGCCUUAUGGCGUCGAGCAUUGGCAUUGAUGCAGGUUUUUAGUGGUAAGGAAGGGCAAGGAUCGCGUUAGAGCCAUCUGCAGUAUUGUAUAAAUUGUACUUAGCGAACGACAUGCUGGUGGUAGGGUAUAUAUCCGCUCGGAUAGCGACCACCGUACACAAGAUGUUAAAAUCCGUCAUAGUGGUACGCGUAAGUGUGUCGCGUUUCGGGAUUAGCCUGUGUAUAUCCGGUUCCAACAGGCCGGCAUAAUUGUGUCGAUUGCCGAGGGGAAACCAUCUCUCGUCAGUCGACAUUUUAUUGGACCUCAGUCCACUUACCACCAGAUGCAGUGGGGCCACUUUGUUGUCCAUGCUUAUAAAAAACGAAAUACGAAUAUUCAAGGUACAUUUCGAUGAAAACAUAUUGCAGAUUUAUUAUGUGCUGAUAUAAAGUCUAUUUCAGGCCUUCGUGACUGUUAGUAAAAGAGACAAGAAAGUUCAAGAAACAUUGUCUUGUAGUUCUUCUGCUUUUACUUAUAUUAACGUAGUUUUUAGCCUACGAUCUUUAGCAACUCUAACCUAAAAACGCCACGUAAUCGUGUAGUUAUGUGAGCAAUAAUGGCGCGAAAUCGUUGAACUAUAAAUUUUCGAACAUGAAUAGGCGAAAUUUAUAAUAAUAUAGAGUAUCCUAGUCACUUAAGUAGCGAAACUUAGGCACAGGCCAAAGUUACAUACUAUGGCUUGUAACUUACAACUUGCAUUCUAGUUGGAAUCAAGCUGAAGUUAUAAUGUACGAGUUGUGUGACGCUGAUCCUUGCUCUGUUAUGUAAAUACUAAUUUUGUAUUAAUCACUAAUGUUUUCGAUUUAUAAGAUGUUUUUGUACAUUCAUUUCGAUCUUCUGUGAUAAUACAAUGAAAUAUAUUUUUUACAUUUUA